AUUUGGCGACAACGGAAACUGUUGCCAAGGAUAUUAAAUUAACUCUACUGCUUCAAGAAAAGCAUCUCCCUUUAUACAAUUAGCGAGUUAUAAGCGCAACCAAGACAGAGCUCCAAAAAUGCCCGUCUGUUACCAUCAUCAAGAAAAGCGUAACGAUUUUAAGGCUCUUCAUAUGGGAUGUCUUAAAAUAUUAUAUAUUACCUAUAAAUAUAUAGAAAAUUCUAUUUUGUUUAAAAAUAUGCUCUAAUUUACGGAGUGUUUGUAAUCAACGCACUUUCAAUCACGUCGAGAGAAGAGGAUCAUCAAAUUAGACUCAUUCUUCCUCGAUAGCAAUCAGGGGUGUGUUAAAUGUGAACUGUGAUAAUGUUUCUGAUCGACACAAAAAUAGUGCGUGUUUAAAACUCAUGUGGGUGAAUUCUGAGAUGCCAGCGCGACUUCGUUAGUGAAAUACUAUACUCGCAAGAAAUUUCCCAAUCAUUUUCUUAAUAGCAUCUUUAGAAUUGCAUAUGCUGUUUUCUACAAUGCAGUAUGAAUGCUCUCUUAAGAAAAGGAGAGGUUGAUAUUCUGUAGUAACUUACUCUACUUUUUAAAAACUGUCCCAAGAUUCUGGACAUCAGGUGUGUUGAAGUAGGCAACCGAUAACGUAGCCAACGCUCAAAUCUGUACUUAUUUGUUGAAAAAUUCCUUGCUGAGAAACUAUAUAAAAGCAUACUUUCUUACUUAUACCGAAGACGACUUUAAUAAACCCUAUUUGUGGAAAGAAAAGCGUAAAAAAAUUGUUUUUGAUUUGCUCCUAUUUGGAUUAAAUUUAUAAGCCUGCAUAUCCAUAAUCUCACAAAUGUGAAGUGAAUUACCAGCAUAGUAACGGAAACAAUAUAGAAAGCGCUUAACAAAGGUUAUUUCCAUGCAGAUCUAAUUCAAAUAUUAUCUCCUAUAUGCAGAAAAAAAAUCGAUGUGAGUGAUAAAAUAUCUUCUUGCUGACAGUAAAUAAAAUUCAUAUUGUGCAUGCAUAUAUCUUUUUCUUUUCUUAAAUAUUAUGUUUUUGGUUAAUUGAAUCUAAUACAUGAAAUUGUAUAUUAUUCUGCUGUUUGUGAUAAAAAAACAUAAAGUGAAAUAAUUUAGUUUAAUAGUAUCAUGGUAAUAAUUUAGUAUCUAUAUAGUAAUAAUUUAGUAUCUUGGUAAUUUAAUUAAUAUCACAAAGGUGUCUAUUAAUAAAUCAUGUGCCUGCUGUAAGGUGAUCAUAUUUCCACAGUAUUAUAUGUUACUUAAGUAAAAAUUUAGUCAAAGUUAGUGACUUGAUACAGCAUGCUCUUUUUUGUAUCAUAUGUUAUUAAAGGCCUAAUUUAAUUCUGAAUAGGUAUCAUCCUGUAAGUAAACCUUAUUCUUGUUAUUCUAACAAUAGUUUUUCAGAAAAAAGUAUGAGUAAAUACUAAAAUUCAUACUGGUAAAAAAACUUAUUCCUGUAGCAUAUAAAAUAAGAGUUUUUUUACAAGUGUUCAUACUGGUGAGAAGCCUUUUUCAUUUAGUAUAUGUAAUAAGAGCUUUCAGAAAGUAAUAUGACUAAAUAUAGUCAUGCUCAUACUGGUGAGAAACCUCAUUCUUGUACUAUAUGUAAUAAAAAGUUUUCACAAAAAAGAAAUCUGACUAUACAUAGGCGUGUUCAUACUGGUGAGAAGCCUUAUUCUUGUAGUAUAUGUAAUAAAAAAUAUUCACAAAAAAAUCAUCUCACUACACACAGUCUUGUUCAUACUGGUAAGAAGCCUUAUUCUUGUAGUAUAUGUAAUAAGAGUUUUUCUCAAAAAGGUAGUCUGACAAAACACAGUCGUUUUCAUACUGGUGAGAAGCCUUAUUCUUGUAAUAUAUGUAAGAAGAGUUUUUCGGAGAAAAAGAAUCUGAAUUUACACUCUCGUGUUCAUACUGGGGAGAAACCUUAUUCUUGUGGUAUAUGUGAUAAAAGUUUUUCACAAAAAGGUAGUUUGAAAAUACACAAUCGUGUUCAUACUGGGAAGAAACCUUAUUCUUGUAGUGUAUGUAAUAAGAGUUUUUCAAUGAAAGGUACUCUGAAUCGACACUGUCGUGUUCAUACUGGGGAGAAACCUUAUUCUUGUAGUAUAUGUAAUAAAAAUUUUUCACAUAAAGAUAGUCUGAAAAUACACAGUCUUGUUCAUUCUGGUGUGAAGCCUUAUUCUUGUAAUAUAUGUAAUAAGAGUUUUUUGCAAAAACGUAGUCUGACAGGACACAGUCGUGUUCAUACUGGUGAGAAACCUUAUUCUUGUAGUAUAUGUAAUAAAAAUUUUUCACUAAAAUGUAGUCUGACAAAACACAGUCUUGUUCAUACUGGUAAGAAACCUUAUUCUUGUAGUAUAUGUAAUAAAAAAUUUUUACGAAAAAGAAAUCUCACUAUACACGGUCGUAUUCAUACUGGUGCGAAGCCAUAUUCUUGUACUAUAUGUAAUAAAAGUGAUUCUCAAGAAGGUAAUCUGACAAGACACAGUCGUUUCCAUACUGGUGAGAAGCCUUUUUCUUGUAGUAUAUGUAAUAAGAGUUUUUCAGAAAGAGGGAGUCUGAAUAAACACUGUCUUGUUCAUACUGGUGAGAAGCCUUAUUCUUGUAGUAUAUGUAAUAAGAGUUUUUCUCGAAAAGGUAAUCUGACAAAACACAGUCAUUUUCAUACUGGUGAGAAGCUUUAUUCUUGUAAUAUAUGUAAGAAGAGUUUUUCAGAGAAAAGGAAUCUGAAUUUACACUCUCGUGUUCAUACUGGGGAGAAACCUUAUUCUUGUGGUAUAUGUAAUAAAAGUUUUUCACAAAAAGGUAGUUUGAAAAUACACAAUCGUGUUCAUACUGGGAAGAAACCUUAUUCUUGUAGUGUAUGUAAUAAGAGUUUUUCAAUGAAAGGUACUCUGAAUCGACACUGUCGUGUUCAUACUGGGGAGAAACCUUAUUCUUGUAGUAUAUGUAAUAAAAAUUUUUCACAUAAAGAUAGUCUGAAAAUACACAGUCUUGUUCAUACUGGUGUGAAGCCUUAUUCUUGUAAUAUAUGUAAUAAGAGUUUUUCACAAAAACGUAGUCUGACAGAACACAGUCGUGUUCAUACUGGUGAGAAACCUUAUUCUUGUAGUAUGUGUAAUAAAAAAUUUUCACUAAAAUGUAGUCUGACAAAACACAGUCUUGUUCAUACUGGUAAGAAACCUUAUUCUUGUACUAUAUGUAAUAAAAAAUUUUUACUAAAAAGAUAUCUCACUAUACAUGGUCAUAUUCAUACUGGUGCGAAGCCUUAUUCUUGUACUAUAUGUAAUAAAAGUUUUUCUCAAGAAGGUAAUCUGACAAGACACAGUCGUUCUCAUACUGGUGAGAAGCCUUAUUGUUGUAGUAUAUGUAAUAAGAGUUUUUCAGAAAGAGGGAGUCUGAAUAAACACAGUCUUAUUCAUACUGGUAAGAAGCCUUAUUCUUGUAGUAUAUGUAAUAAGAGUUUUUCUCGAAAAGGUAAUCUGACAAAACACAGUCAUUUUCAUACUGGUGAGAAGCUUUAUUCUUGUAAUAUAUGUAAGAAGAGUUUUUCAGAGAAAAGGAAUCUGAAUUUACACUCUCGUGUUCAUACUGGGGAGAAACCUUAUUCUUGUGGUAUAUGUAAUAAGAGUUUUUCAAUGGAAGGUACUCUGAAUCAACACUCUCGUGUUCAUACUGGGGAGAAACCUUAUUCUUGUAGUAUAUGUAAUAAGAGUUUUUCAAGGAAAGGUACUCUGAAUCAACACUGUCGUGUUCAUACUGGGGAGAAACCUUAUUCUUGUAGUAUAUGUAAUAAAAAAUUUUCACAUAAAGAUAGUCUGAAAAUACACAGUCUUGUUCAUACUGGUGUGAAGCCUUAUUCUUGUAGCAUAUGUAAUAAGAGUUUUUCACGAAAAGGUAGUCUGACAAUACACAGUCUUGUUCAUACUGGUGAGAAGCCUUAUUCUUGUAGCAUAUGUAAUAAGAGUUUUUCACAAAAAGGUAGUCUGACAAUACACAGUCGUGUUCAUACUGGUGAGAAACCUUAUUCUUGUAGUAUAUGUAAUAAGAAAUUUUCAGAAAGAGGGACUUUGAAUAAACACCGUCUUGUUCAUACUGGUGCGAAGCCUUAUUCUUGUAGUAUAUGUAAUAAGAGUUUUUCAGAAAGAGGGAGUCUGAAUAAACACAGUCUUGUUCAUACUGGUGAGAAGCCUUAUUCUUGUAGUAUAUGUAAUAAGAGUUUUUCACGAAAAAGUUGUCUGACAGAACACAGUCGUGUUCAUACUGGUGAGAAGCCUAAUUCUUGUAGUGUAUGUAAUAAAAAAUUUUCACUAAAAUGUAGUUUGACAAAACACAGUCUUGUUCAUACUGGUGAGAAGCCUUAUCCUUUAAGUAUGUGUAAUAAAAAAAUUUCAUGAAAAAGUCAUCUCACUACAUGCGGUAGCGUUCAUAUUAAAGAGAAGUCUUAUUCAUGUAGUAUAUGUAAUAAGAGUUUUUUACAUUGAGUGACUCUGAAUAAACACUGUUGUGUGCAUACUGGUGAGAAACCUUAUUCAUGUAUUACAUAUUAUAAGAGUUUCUCACAAAAAGUAAUCUUACAGUUCAUAGGCGGUGCUCGUAUUGGUGAGAUGCCUUAUUCUUGUAGUGUAUGUAACAAAAGUUUUUCAUUAAGAGGUAGUUUCACUGAACAAAGUCGUCUUCAUAGUGGUACGAAACUUUACUCAUGUAAUAAGGCUUUUUCAAGAAAGAACUAUCUAACUAAUCACAGUCAUGUUCAGGCUAUUUAAAAGCCAUUUGCUUGUUAAACAGGGUGCAUAGUGUUUUGAAAAAGUGCUUAAAGGUGCUUAUUUUCGUUUUUUAAAAGCCCUUAAAGGUGCUUUUUUCAAUGGGUGUUUUUAAAAAGUGCUUAAUUUUCCCUUUCUCAAAGGGUGUUUUUAAAAAGUGCUUAAUUUUUCCUUUUUCAAAAUGAGAUUUUUCCUUUACCAUGUUGAUUUUCGCUACGAAUCAUACAAAAAGACACGGUUCACAUUGUUUUGUUCAACGUUUUCACAAUUAAUUCAAUCCCAAUCUAUUCCGGCGUAUUAUCAGGCGUAGCGUUUGAAAUUCGUUUUACGUGAUUCGAAAUUUCAUGAUUUUUGACAAUUGACAAAAACAAGGCCAAAAGGUUUUUUUUUGACAUGUCGGUUAAAACAAUAUAAAACCGUCAAUUGUCAAAAACUUUCCAAUCCUGCCUAAUUAUGAAAUUUUUUUAAAGUGCUUAAAAAUAUUUUUUGACUGCUUGAAAAGUGCUUAUUUUUUGUUGAAUUAUUUGGCUACGCACCCUGUUAAAAGUUCUUUUUUUUUUUUCACUUAAGGUCCAUCUAAUUUAUUGUUGUUUUAUUCAUACUGGUCCAAAAUCUUAUUCUUUUAAUAUGUUUAAAAUAAAAAGAGUUUUUAAUUUUUCAAAAGCUAACUAUACUGUUUGUGUUUUUACUGGUGAGAAACCUUUUUAUUGUAGUAUAAUGAAUAAGAGUUUUUCUCAAAAAUGUCAUCUGAUUAAAUACAGUAUGUUUUAUUCUACUGACACACCAUAUUUUUGAUAAAAUGUAAUGAAAUAGUUUUUUAAAUAAUAAAUAUCUACUUUCAUGUUCAUAUUGGUUUCAAUUUACCCCCUGAUUAUAUUACUUUAUUUACAACCAGUUAUGUUUGACUAAGAUGUAAAUUGUGAUUCAUUUUCUUAUCAUUAGAAUCCUUAGUUCAAGUUAAUAUGUUUUUUUCAAUGAAAAAAAAAUAAAAAUAUUUCUAGCAAC